AUGCAUAAUAAAUUUUUUGCGUCUCAAAUCAUUAUUAUUGGUCAAAUCACCGAAGGUCCCUUAUUAUUGGUCAAAUCACCGAAGGUCCCUUAUUAUUGCCGGCCACUUCGACCCGCAUCAGCUCUUACCUGCCAUUGUCUAAUUAAUGGCGCCAUAUUGGCGAACUUGUUAAGGAUUCCAGGUGGCGCUCCCGAAGCUGUUUGCGAUAAGAUUUUGGCGCAUGCGCAGUUUGCGGCCAGUCAGUUACCGCUUCAUGUCCGGUGGCAAAUUGAUCGAACCGUCGAUGAUGGCGCCCCCUUCACAACAGCUCCUGCUACCACACCCUUGUUUUCUCUGAUAUCUCCACCACCCCCGCGAGCAUCAUCCAUCCUCCCCUCUGAUAUUUUCAGCUCAUCUCACUUUUAUUUCUUUCGCCGAUCACUACAGCUGUCCAAGACUAUUGUGUUCCUUUGCCCUCUACCUACUCUCUUCAACAUCCUUUCUCGUUUUCUCUGUUUUCCCACUCGGUUUUCCCGCUCUGUUUUCCCUUUCAAUCUUCCCUCACCCUUUUCCCGCUCUGAUUUCCCUCUCUAUCUUCCCUCUCCCUUUCCCUCUCCGUUUUCCCUCACUGUUUCCCUUUCCGUUUUCCCUCUUCGUUUUCUCUCUCUAUCUUCCCUUUCUGUUUUCCCUCUCUAUCUUCCCUCUCCGUUUUCCCUCUCCGUUUUCCCUUUCUUUUUUCCCUCUCUAUCUUCCCUCUCCGUUUUCCCUCUCUUUUUUCCCUCUCUAUCUUCCCUCUCCGUUUUCCCUCUCCGUUUUCCCUCUCUUUUUCCCUCUCAUCUUCCCUCUCCGUUUUCCCUCUUUUUUUCUCUCUCAUCUUCCCUCCGUUUUCCCUCUCUUUUCCCCUCUCCAUCUCCCCUCUCCGUUUUCCCUCUCUUUUUUCCCUCUCUAUCUUCCCUCUCCGUUUUCCCUCUCCGUUUUCCCUCUCUUUUUUCCCUCUCUAUCUUCUCUCUCCGUUUUCCCUCUCUUUUUUCCCUCUCUAUCUUCCCUCUCCCUUUUCCCUCUCUGUUUUCCAUCUCUAUCUUCAUUCUCCGUUUUCCCUCUCCGUUUUCCCUCUCUAUCUUCCCUCUCUAUCUUCCCUCUCCCUUUUCCCUCUCCCUUUUCCCUCUCUGUUUUCCCGCUCUGAUUUCCUUCUUUGUUUUCCCUCUCCGUUUUCCCUCUCUGUUUUCCCUCUCCCUUUUCCCUCUCCGUUUUCCCGCUCUGAUUUCCCUGUCUAUCUUCCCUCUCUUUUUUCCCCUCUCCGUUUUCCCUCUCCCUUUUCCCUCUCCCUUUUCCCUCUCCCUUUUCCCUCUCUAUCUUCCCUCUCCGUUUUCCCUCUCUUUUUCUCUCUCUGUUUUCCCUCUCCCUUUUCCCUCUUCGUUUUCCCUCUCUAUCUUCCCUCUCCCUUUUCCCUCUCCGUUUUCCCUCUCUAUCUUCCCUCUGUAUCUUCCCUCUCCGUUUUCCCGCUCUGAUUUCCCUCUCCGUUUUCCCUCUCUCUUUUCCCUCUCCGUUUUCCCUCUCUUUUUUCCCUCUCUGUUUUCCAUCUCUAUCUUCACUUUCUCUUUUCCCCUCUCCCUUUUCCCUCUGCGUUUUCCCUCUCUGUUUUCCCUCUCCAUCUUCCCUCUCCCUUUUCUCUCUGCGUUUUCCUUCUCCCUUUUCCCUCUCCCUUUUCCCUCUCCCUUUUCCCUCUCCCUUUUCCCUCUCUGUUUUCCAUAUCCACCUGUCGUUCUGCCUGUUGCUCGUCUGAUCCUGAAGAAGAACCUCAGCAUCCCGGCGGACCCAUGCUUGAAUCGUCGACUUGUGACUGUCAAUGUCAGCGGCGAUCUUGACUUAGCUCUGGUUUCAAUCAUUGUCGAAUGUCGUCUUGAUGGCAACAACGAACUCGUCGGUCCUAACGGCCGAAGAACGAACGUUGUGGGCCUUCCGUUUGGCAGUAAACACGUCCUUGUUCUCAGACGCCUUCCACUUCCUCCAAAUAUCCAUGGCAAUGGUCCACUUGAACCCAAACCAGGCCAUCACUUCCGCAAACUUCUUCGCGAUGCGAAAAGAAGCUACUACCGCUGCUCUGCGCUCAUAUUCCAUCCUGGAAAAGGGUAG